ACAGCGGGACGCAGGCGCCUCUCCGGGAACGAACCAGACUCUGAGCUCCGGACGCUGGGACAGGCUUCCCGCCGACCGCCCCCGCCACGCGCGGGCUGCGACACCGCCCGCAGGACGCGGCCAUCGGCCCGGGGACGCCCGAACGGCUCCUCCCCGGGGCGGAUGCCCUCCCGGGAACCCCCCGAGACCCGCGGCCUCCGGGGUCACCCGCAGAACCACCCGCCUGGCCCUGGGCCCCCGCAAAUGGUGUCUCGAGGCACGGAAACCAGCACCCACCGUCCUCUAUGCCAGCCCCAGCCAAGAACAAGACCCAAGAGGAUUGUAUUUGAAGAUGAACAAAGAACAAGACCCAAGAGGAUUGUGUUUGAAGAUGAGUUGCCCACCAGGGCUCUCCUGAACACCAGGAAACCUACUGUCACCAUCCCUGGAGGACCUACGCCUAGGCCCCACUCAGUGCCUGACUAUGAGCUUAAGUACCCACCUGUGAGCAAUGUGAGGGAACGAAGAGGAUAUGCUGCGGUAUUCCGGGACCAGUACACAGAGUUCUUGGAGCUCCAGCGGGAAGUGGGCUCUGCACAGGCAAAGCUGCGGCAGUUGGGUGCACUGCUGGACUCCCUGCCCCCACCCCAAAGCCAGAAAGAGGCCCAGUUCACUUCUCGGGUCUGGAGGGAGUUUGAAAAGAAGCAGAUGGACCCCAGCUUCCUGGACAAGCAGGCUCGCUGCUGCUACCUGAAGAGCAAACUGAGGCACCUCAAGAUGCAGAUCCAGAAAUUUGACAACCAAGAAGACAGUGAGGGAUCAGUGUACUUCUGAGCAUCCUGGCAGGCAGCAUUGGGACACACCAGGUGGGGGUCCCACCCUGUGCUUGCUUCUUUUCCUGCCUCCCAGCCUUAGCACUUGCUGUUCACCCCGCCUGGGCAGCUUUCUCUGACUGCAGAGACCUUUGAGACUGCACUCUGAUGCCUUCUCCUCCAAGAAGCCUUCCCAGAACCUACUCCAGGACCUCUAGCCUUGACCCCAUGGGGACCCUAGACUCACCCUAUCAUCCCUGGAAAUCAGGUCCCCACUCUCCAUCUCAGUGGAAUUAACAUUUAUUAAAUACAACUAUGUGUAUCUACUUAACACUUCUGGUGCCACUCAGCUGUUACCUAGAAAUUGUUCUUCCUUUUUUAAAAUUUUUUUUAAAGAUUUAUUUAAGCAUACAAGAACUGGGGUAUAGGCCAGAGGUGCAGGGGAUGAGAGGAUUCACCAGAGACAGAGUGGGGAGCAGAACAGGCCGAUCUACUGUAAUACACUGCUGAGGGGAGCAGCGGGCGAGACAGGAGAGGUCUGCUGCGCCAUGUGGGUCAGCUCCCUGAGAGCCCUGGAAUCUAAUUCAUGCUGCAGUGGCUGGCAAUAGCUUGAUGGCACUUGUCUUUAACCCCUGCACCACCAGGGAGGCCCUUGUUCUUCCAUUUUUCCAGAGGGGAAAUAUCAAAUUUUCAAGAAAAGGACUUGUCCGUGGUCUCCAGGCAAAUUGUGAACCCUGGUCUGUUUAGGGUGUUCCCUCUACUUCAGCCUCUCCGUCAAGAGCCUCAUACGUUCCUCCAGACGGAAGUUGAGGGACUGACCUGACCAGACUUGGAGUAGGGGAUCUCCCUGGGGCCAAGAGUUUCCACAUGUCCUGUAAUGGAGGCAGCAUGGGCUAAGGACCCUAGAGUCUUGCUCAAGGAGCCACAUCUUGACAACUUGGCUGCAGGGAUGUUGGGGAGGAGGGAGGUGGGAGUGCUGGGGAUUACCUGACUAGGAGCCUUGCUGGAGGCCCUGAUGCCAAUCCAGAUAAAUGGGCCCACUUAUCCCUGGGUACUUCAUUGAUGCUGAACAGCGCUGACACCAGGCACUAUGUGAGCAUAGUUCAUUGGUCUAACUAUGGGGGAGAAUCCCCUGGUAUCCACCCUGUGUCGGACUCUGGGGAAGGGGGAAGGGGUAUUGGCAGGUUAAGUCUCCCUGUGGAGCCACGUGAGGGUGGCCCAGUAGCUGCCUUCUAUGUGUUGGCCUCCCAGGGAACCCAAAGGAAGGGAGCAUCAGGGUUGCUACUGCAGGCAGGAAAGCCAGCGCUGGCCACUUGGGAUAUGGAUAACAAGUUACAGCAUUGGUGCUCAGGAGCUCUUGUCUUCAGGGAAAACAACCCAGCAUGAUAGAGCAGUAACUGAGGGUUGGAUAGCAGAAUCUGAACAUCCAGGGAGGCUCAAGAUGGCUUUUGCAGGAAGGACCACAUGGGUAGGGUUUCAUUGGAGUAGUUCAGCAGUCAAGCCAGGGUUUUGACCUGGAGACGACUACAGGAGAGAUGGCAGUGGUUUCAUUCAGUCCUAAGAUGUCCUGCAAACACAAGAAAUGGGGUGUUUUUGUCCAGCCUGACUGGUGUGGACAUACAUACUUAUCCACAAGACAGCUCUAAAGAUACUGACCCGGGACAGAAGCCAGUCCAGCUUCCAAUGGAAGCCCAAUACCCUUCCCAUCCCACUCCCAUCUCGGCCCCCUUCUGGGAGCAGGGCAGUCUCAAGAUCUUCAUUCACUUCAUAGGAGAUGGCCUCAUUCCCAUCUUCCCAGGUCUUUUCUGAGAUUGACAUGAUGGAGGCUGGGUGCUAAAGGAGCAUUUGGAGGACUGAGACUCUAAGAACAUGUUCUGGCCCACCCUGCAGAGUGAGACCCAAGUUCUCUCACUGCUUUCAAGGGAGUAUCUUUUUUUUUUUUUUAAAGAUUGAUUUAUUUAUGCAUACAAGAGCUGGGUACAGGCCAGAGAUGCAGGGGGUGAGAGGAUCCACCAGAGACAGAGUGGGGAACAGAACAGGCAGACUAACCGAAACACACUGCUGAGGGGAGCAGCAGGCAAGACAGGAGAGGUCUGCUGCGCCAUGUGGGUUGCUCUCUGGCCGGCCAGGGAUUGAACUCAUGCUACAGAGGCUGCGGAUUGCUUCAUAGUGUGGUGCCUAACCUCCUGCACCACCAGGGAGGCCCUCAAGGGAAUAUCUUUGAUGGAGAGCUUGUCUAUACCUGGCAAGACUUGUCAAGACUAAGAGGUACUGCACACCAUCCAGGCCUUUUCUACCCACCCCCUUAGAGCCACAGCCCAGACAACCUGUAAGUGCCUUUCCCCACUACAGAGGUAGGCCACAAGACUCUGAGGCUAGGAUGUCAGGGACCCUAGUGCCCUGAAUCACCGCACAUCAACUCAGUUAAGUUCACAUAUCAAAGUUUAUUCUAUAGGUAUGCAUCUCCCAAAUGCCAAUCUCAGAAAUAGAUUUAUUUUUUAAAGAUGUAUGUAUACAAGAACUGGGGUACAGGCCAGAGGUAUGGGGGUGUGAGGAUUCACCAGAGACAGAGUGGGGAGCAGAACAGGCAGACUGACUGAGACACACUGCUGAGGGGAGCAACAGGCGAGGCAGGAGAGGUCUGCUGUGCCAUGUGGGUAGUUCCCUGGCCGGGGUUCGAACUCAUGCUGCAGUGGCUGCAGAUAGCUUCAUAGGUUGUCUUAACCCUUUGUGCCACCAGGGAGGCCCUCAGAAAUAUUUUUUUUGGUUACAUGUGAGAAGAAACCAAAUUCAAGCUGAUUUGGCAAGAAAAAGGGAAGUCUGGGCUCAGACUGAAACACCCCAGGAUUUCAGGUAUGGCUUGAUCCAGGGGCUCUGAUGGCAUCCUGGAAAAUUGGUCUUUCUCUUGAGGCUGUUUUGCUUUGCAUUGAUUAUAUCCUUCUGGUUCCAGAUACUGCCAUCAAGCUCAUUGAUGAUAUCUAGACCAUAUGCCUAAUAUCUGUGGCCAAGGGAAUGGAAAGCUCUGUCUAGACUGAGAUCAUGAGGCAGAGCUAGCCCCAUUUGUUUCUUCCAAAGAUAAUAGGGCACAGGUACCAUGAUUCAGGGCUGACUAAAGAGAACAGUUUAAUACAGAAUAUGUGUGAAUCUACGAGGCAUACUCUCGUAGACCAGAGCCUUGACUAUAAGCCAUCUACUGAUCUCAACUCCUGUGGACUCUCUGGCUGACUUGAGGCCCCCACCUUGCCCCCAGUCCCAUCUCCACAUCAAACUAUCCAACAAAAACAGCAUGUAGGACUGUUGGUAGGUUGUGGGUAUUCCAAAGUUCUGGGAAUGAGUACCAAUGGUAGGGUGCCCUCACUUUCAUCCAGCCCUCAAGAAGAUAACAAGGGAGGCUGUGCAGAUAGGAAACAUUUUUAUUAUUGGCCUUGAUUCGUUCAUCAUGUAGUGUCCAACGUGGAUUACAUGUCCAGGUGAUCAGUGUGGCACACGCUUAGCCUGCCUGGCUGCCCAGCUGUGGCUCCCCCUCAGUCCAGAUGCCAGGACUUACUUUGUUCAUCAAGUCAGGGAAGCCAACACCACCAUCCCAAGAGUUCAUGCUUGGGGCACUGAGGGACAAGGAUGUCUGGGAUUGGACUCUCCAUUCCUGUCCCCCAUCUCAACCAGAGGUUCUAGGGAGGACUCAGCUGCAGCCUGGACAAUCAGUCUUUUUGGUUUCAUGAUCAUUUAAAAAACAGAAAAGACAAACAUUUCACAGUCUUUAAAAAAUAGGAGUCUGGGGGGGGGGGUCCUCGGCU